AUGGCCCUAAUAACUUUGUUGGGGGUAGUCCUCACGAUCAUCUCAGGCGCUUACGCCUUGGACAUCUUCGUCUUCUUCGCACGAGAUUCGCGUGAGCCACAGUAUGUUAGGUCACGCGUCCCACUUAUCGGACACCUCAUCGGUAUUUCCAAGCGCGGCGCUGGGUGGUACUACACCGACCUUGCGUCAAACCAACCGUCCUGCAUCUUCACAUUGCCUAUCUUCACAUCCAAGCUCUACCGCCAUGCCAAGACCAUUUCCUUCACGCCGUUUGCCGCCAAGACCUCGAAGACGCUGAGCGGACUCGGAGAUAUUGUCCUGAGAAUCCAAGACCACCUUCAAGGCCCACCCGAGGCCAAGGAGUUCGAUAGGGUCCAGCGGGCGUCGAUGUCUGCUGGCCCUGAUCUGGAUGCCAUGGCCUUGGUGUCGGCGAGGGUAACUUUGGAGCUGGUUGAAGAGCUGGCCAUGAAGGCAAAAGCGGGAGCUGGGACUCGGAUUGAGCUUUACACGUGGCUGAAGCAUCUCAUCGCGCUGUCUGCCUCCGAAGGCAUGUUUGGGCCGAUGAAUCCCUUCCGUGACCCUGAACAUGAGGCAGACUUCUGGACCUUCGCAGAAAAGUCUCACAUCCUUGUGAUGGGAGGGCUGAUGCCUCAGAUCCUGGCCAGGGAUGCUUUGCAAGCAAGGAAACGCAACGCAGUCCGAUAUGAGAAUUAA